AGUACAGCUGUUCCGUGAAGAAAGCCUUUUCAAUGAGAAGACGACAGAGAGUGUUUCUGUCACAGAGAUGUCGGACAGGAUGUUCUGUUCUGCCUGCCAGUGCCCUUUCGACAGCCGUGAGGAGCAGACUGAGCACUACAAGCUGGACUGGCACCGCUUCAACCUGAGGCAGAGACUGGCAGGCCGGGCGCCAGCCACAGUGGAGGAGUUUGAGAGCAAGACAGGAGCAGGAGACAUGUCCAGCAUCUCGGGCUCGGACUCUGAGGAGACGGACUCUGACAGCGAUUGGAGUCUCCAUGGUGAUGAUGACACUGUGGAGAGCGAGAGCUCCCUCAAAGGCAGGGAGCCCCUCAGCCGCCUGUCUGCCAGGGUGCUGUUCCAGAACGCUCAGGGACAAUACCUCUCUGUUUAUCGCUGUGUUCUGCACAGUAAGAAGAUGGGCGAGGAAAAGCUGGCUGCCUCCUUGCUCAGUAUUAGUAAUAAGUCUGUGUGGGUCGUUCUGAUGACUGGAGGGGGACACUUUGCAGGGGCAGUUUUUCAGGGGAAGGAAGUCCUGCAGCAUAAAACGUUUCACCGGUACACGGUGCGAGCCAAGCGGGGGACAGCCCAGGGAAUACGAGACUCCCAGAACCGCAGCAGCGCUCCCAAAUCUGCAGGUGCGGCCCUGCGGCGCUACAAUGAGGCUGCGCUCGUCAAGGAUGUGCAGGACCUGCUGGAGAGUUGGUCAGAACACCUGAGGCAGGCGAGUGCUAUCUUCCUUCGUGCCCCAAGCUACAAUCGAUCCAUCUUCUUCGGGGGACGAGCAGCCCCUCUUGACAAGAAUGAUCCCCGUGUUCGUACACUACCCUUUGUCACCCGCCGGGCCACGUUUCGGGAGGUCCUCAGGGUGCAUGAGACCCUCUCCACAGUCCACAUCUACGGGAGAAAUGCUGAUGUCUCCAAUAUCUUCAGUCCUUCAAAGAAAGUAUGGAGAAGGAAGGCCCCACGACAAGAAGAGACAAAACCUGAUCAGGAGAUUACUGCACCCCAGACAGGGCAGCAGGAGGAGGAGGAUGGGAGCUCGGAGGAAGAGGGCGUGGCGGAGCAGCUGGAAACGGUGGAGGUGACGCUGGGGACCCUGGACCUGCGCGAGUUCGAGGUGCACCCCAACAGGAAGAGGCGGAGGAGGAGGAAGGAGGGGCACAGAGCAAAGGGGGGAGCGUGUAGGGAGAGAGAGGAGGGAACGGGUGGCGUGGAGACAGCCAGUCCCGGAUGCGCUGGAGGAGAGGAGAGACCCGGGAGGAGUGAGAACACGCAGCCCGCAGAAGAGGAAGGUGUACCAGCGGGCGUGUGGGAGUACGGCAUGAGGGACGCCCUCUACACCGCCUGCAAGGUUGGAGAUGUGGACGGGCUGCGCGGCCUCCUGCAGACUCCUGGCGGAGAGGGGACCGACGACGAGCCCCACGGCGAGGCCCCCCCAUGUGCCCUCCCUCACGCGCAGGUGGACUCGUCGGGGUUCACCUUCCUGCACGUGGCAUCUGCCGCGGGACAGAGGGACGUGGUCAGGCUGCUGAUGGACGCUGGCUGUGACCCAGCGUGCAGAGAUGUAAAGGGACAGACUCCCUACAGUGUGGCUCCUGACAAGGACACCAGGAACGUGUUCCGCAGAUACAUGGCUGAACAUCCAGACAAGUAUGACUACAGCAAAGCCCAGAUCCCAGGGCCGCUGACAGCAGAAAUUGAGUCGAAGAAGGCAGAAAAGAAACGUGCCCAAAAGGCAGCCAGGAAGCAGCGAGAGAAGGAACAGAAGGAGAAGAGGCGGAAACAGGAAGCAGAGCUGGAGGAGAAGAGGAAGUUCGCAGCCCUGAGUGACAGAGAGAAGAGAGCUCUGGCUGCAGAGAGGCGGUUGGCACAGCAGUUGGGCACAGCCAGUGAGCUCACCAACAUCAGGCGUUGCUGGCAGUGUGGGGAAUCUCUGCAGGGUAAGGUCCCCUUUGAGUACCUGGACUUCUCCUUCUGCACCCCUCGCUGUGUGCAGCAGCAUCGCAAGGCCAGGGCAGCCGAGGGCAAGCAGUGACCUCUGACCUAGCAUGUCCUGUUUCGACCUCCUACCUCCUACCUGAAUUACUGGAACGGACAGCAACAGAUUGUUUGCAGAUGAGGACAUUGAUUUGCUUGUGUGCUCACUCCACAUCUCUUACCUAAGACCCAGACAAAUGAGUUCCAAAUGAAUGAGCAUGCUCAUUUCAGUCUGGAAAAGCUCAGGUAAAUGUGUAGUUUGCCACCUUAUCAUCAAAUUUAUCAACUUUUUUAGUAACCAGUUAAAUGGUGUCAUAACACUUCUUUCUCACACCACACCACCAUGACUGACAAGUGUUAUGAAAGCAUUGAAUCAAAAGAAUGGUAACAGCCGUAAAAAUAAUAGUAAUAUUUAUUUUAAUUGCAUGAUAAAUGCCUCAAAAUAUGAGUGUUCAGUGCCACUUGAUCACUUAAUUUUUAUGUAUCUUAAGGAUACAUAAGAACUGCAAUGAAAAUCAUUACGAAGUACCCAAUAAAAAUCAAAGUAUGAUGGUUUGAUGUCUUAUACCUUCUUGGGUAUUUAAUAAAUUUAAGUGUAAUUUUCUUGUUUCUCAUACUGCUUUCCAAGUGUCUUAAAUGACAGAAUAUGCAGAUGUAUGAGAACACGAAA